AUGGCUCCCGCUGAAGAUAAAAAACCGAUUUCAUUAUUGGCCGAUGAUAAAUUCGAACAACUAGCAUAUCCAUCAUUAUAUCCGGAUGGAAAUAAUGGUUUCAGUACUGAUCGUGUUGUUCCAAUCACUCCGCGUAAGUAUUUCAAUCAAAGACUUUUAGAUGCUGACGGAAGAUUCGCACGAAAUAUUGAAUACUUAUUAUCCGCCCAGUAUGCAAUUGAAAGCAAACAGAUACAGGGUGACGUCAACCACUUCGUGUUUCGUCGAGUAAAUCACGAAUGCGGAAAUAACGAGAUAACUGCUGGAUUUAUUCGAAAUUCGGAUAAUAUAAAUAACAUGAUUAAAACUGAUAAAGCUUUCAGAAUACUGCAGAAUAUUCGAGGUUCGCCCGCUUAUUUCCAAGACGUAUUUUAUGAUGUACUGGCUAUGAUUCGUCAGAUUGGAAUUCCUACAUUUUUCUUCACACUAAGUGCCGCAGACAUGCGAUGGCCAGACUUAAUUUCAUCCAUUGCUAGACAGUACGGGUCCAUUUUAACGGAUGAUGACGUAGUUAAGCUUUCCUUUGAGCAGAGGUCUAUGUGGUUAAGGUCCAACCCAGUUACCGCAGCUAGACACUUUCACUAUCGUUUAGAAUGCUUGUACAAAGAUGUACUAUUGUCCCCGGCACAGCCAUUGGGUCAUAUUAUUGAUUAUGUGAUUCGGAUAGAAUUUCAAGCCAGAGGUUCCCCUCAUGCCCAUAUGUUGCUUUGGGUUGACAAGGCCCCAAAGUUGGGCAUUCAAACUGAUGAAGAGGUGUGCGCGUUCAUUAGCAAGCACGUUGCUUGUUCAUUUCCUGUUGACGACCUCCCAUUGAGAGCCCUCGUUCAGGAUUUACAGACACACAGUCAUUCUUCCUAUUGCAGGAAAAGUGGUGGAUGUAGAUUUAAUUACCCAAAACCACCGAGUGAAAAAGUAAUAAUUGCAAAAGAAGUCGAGGAGGAUGAGAGUGAAUUAAUGGCCCAGUCUAAAAUUGUUUUAAAAAAAGUCCGUGAUACGCUAUCGUCGUCGUACCGAGACACCAGUUCGGAUGUAAGUAUGGACGAUUUACUACAAAAUAUUGAUAUUGAUAAUCAACAAUAUCGGCAGGCACUUUGUAUGUCACAAAAAGGCAACACUGUUAUCCUAGCCAGAAAGCCGGCGGAGUGCUUCAUCAACGCAUAUAACCCCGUGAUAUUAAAGGCAUGGCAAGCCAAUAUGGAUAUCCAGUAUGUUGUUGAUCCUUAUGCAUGUGUCAUGUAUGUCGCAUCGUAUAUGAUGAAAAGUGAACAGGGAAUGGGGUUGCUAUUAAAACAUGCAUGUAAAGAAUAUAAGGAUUUUGAUAUAAAAAAUAUGCUUAGGCGAAUAAGCUCUGUCUUUUUAAAUAAUCGAGAGCUAAGUGCACAGGAAGCAUGUUAUCGUAUCUUAUCCAUUCCAAUGAAAAAAAUGAGUAGAUCUGUUAUUUACAUAAACACUGAUCCUGUUGCAGAACGACAGUGUAUCUUAAAAUCAAAAAAAGAACUGGAGAAACUGGAAGACGAAGAUAGUGACAUAUUUCAAAAAAAUAUACUUGACCGAUACUCGGCGAGACCGAGUAGCUUGGACAAUGUGUGUUUAGCAACUUUCGUUGCAAAUUAUGCAGUGAGUUAUCGAAAAAAUGACAAACACGUUGAUGACAGCGUAAAAGAUUUGUUGCACGACGAUCACGGGAAUAAGGAUCUUCAAUAUGAUUUACCCCAGCAUAUUGUACUGAGACGCGGCCUUGGGAAAAUGAGUAAAAGAAGAAGAGAAUGUAUAAUUCGUUUUCGAAAACAUAACAAGGAAACUGAUUUCAACAAUUUUUGCCGUGCCAAAUUGAUGUUAUACCUCCCGUGGCGUUCAGAGGAGCGCGACCUGUUGGCGGACCAUCCAACAUAUUCAUCUUAUUAUUUGGAAAUACAAGACAAAUUGUCUGCUGUGGAAUCACGGUAUUGCAACAAUGUGGAGUUAGUUGAUUCAGCAGUUCACAAAAAUUCAGUGAGCGGUCCUCCUCUUCAUUUGUGGGGCGAUCUUGGCAUGGAAAGUGACCUUUCAAAUCAACAAGAUAAAUCGGAAGGUGAUACACCUUACACCACCAUGAUAAGAGAGGAUCUUGCUGCCAACUCAGCGAUCAUUGAGAGUGUCGAACGUGUUGCCGUUCCCAAAAGUGACAUAGGUGCGAGAUACGAAAUCGAAAAGAACAGAAAUGUAUUAUCUACAUCUGAAUAUUGUAAUAUGAUACGCUGCUUGAAUGAGAAGCAAAGGGCUAUAGUAUUCCAUCACAGGAAGUGGUGCAAGGAUGCCGUUAUUGCAAUUAAACAAAACGGUUCUGUUGAACCAUAUAGAAUUUUUUUAAGUGGUCCUGGUGGAGUAGGGAAAUCACAUGUGAUAAAAUUGAUUCAGCACGAUACAAGAAGAUAUUUCGCUCUUUCAAGAACUGUCGAUCCGAAUGAUGUAACUUGCCUCCUUUGUGCUCCAACAGGCGUUGCUGCAUUCAACAUAGAUGGUAUAACUAUACAUUCUGCACUACUGUUAACAAAUAGGAAAGCUAGCAGUGGACACGACGGCAUAUCCUUCGAAAAACUGAAUACUUUGCGAUCUCAUCUUGGCAGAUUACGUGUAUUAAUUAUCGAUGAAAUCUCCAUGGUAAGUUCAGACAUGCUUUUAAACAUUCACAAACGCCUGCAAGUGAUCAAGGGAAAUGCGGCUCCAUUUGGAAACGUUUCUGUUUUAGCAGUCGGUGAUUUGUUCCAGUUGCCUCCGGUCUGUCAGCCUCAAAUAUUUUGUCCUGUUUCUGAUGAAACUAUGCGCCUGGGUCGGUCUCUUUGGAAUGAUUAUUUCCACUUGCACGAAUUAGAUGAAAUUAUGCGCCAAAAAAACGAUAGAAAUUUUGCAGAAUUGUUAUGUCGGAUUCGAUUGGGAAAUCAAACACGAGCCGACAUAGAUACACUGCGCACAAGGGAGAUUCAUCUUUCCGAUCUCAACUAUCCAAAGGAGGCAUUGCACGUUUUUGCUCACAACAACGACGUAGAUAACUGGAAUUUAUUCAAACUGAAUAAGUUGAUUCAAAGCGGGCCCGAAAAAAUUGUGAUACCGGCCAUAGAUGACAAAAAGGAGGGGUUGUCUCUAAUUAGUUUGCGUGCAUCUGGUGUAAAGUUAAAAAGAUUCAAAACCGGCGGUUUGCACACCGUCUUGGAAAUUGCUGUUGGGUGUAGAGUCAUGUUGCUUUAUAAUAUAGACACGAGUGACGGUUUGGUGAAUGGAGUAAUGGGUACCGUUCAAUAUAUUGCAAAAAAUGACAAAGAAUUUGUAAUCAGCAUUUUGAUUAAGUUUGAUAACGAUAAUGUUGGACGAAAAGCUAUGGCUAAGAGUAGAUGGAAAAGGCAACACCCCCUCCUCGUGCCGAUAACACGCAGGGAAGCCAAAUUCGAAAAGGCAUAUGGCAAAGGAGCACAAGUUUCCCGAAACCAGUUUCCGUUGACGCUUGGUUGGGCCGUCACAAUUCACAAAUGCCAAGGUAUUACUUUAAAUAAGAUUGUCGUCAACACAAAAGGAAAGAAAUUUGGCUGUGGGCAAGUUUAUGUCGCUUUGUCCCGGGUUAGAAAGUUGGAAAAUUUGUAUCUGACUGAUUUUGAUCCCUGUACUAUCCGAUGUAGUUCUGAGUGUUCUGAAGUGAUGAAUAACAUGCGUACAAUGCCCAUAGCACACCAACGUCCACCCACAUUGACAGAUUUAAAUAAAUCAAAUUGGUUACCGAUAGGUCAUUUAAACAUAAGACCACCGAAUUUUCCGCAGUUGGAAUUUCUUAACAUAUUGUCUGAAUUAAUGACCUUCAUACCACAAGGAGCUCCAACAUUCAUCUUGGGAGAUUUUAAUGAUAAUAUUUUCCAUAAUCGAUCAUCUUCUAUCAUGGAAAAAAUGAAUGAGCUUGGUUUCCGACAAUAUAUUCCCACCAAUCGCGCGAGCACAGAUUAUGGGUCUUUGCUUGAUCACAUGUAUUUUAAUAGAAAUUGUACGCAUGACAGCAUUGUUGUUGAUAUUGUGGACACGUAUUAUUCGGAUCAUGACACAGUGUUUAUAACAACCAAUUACCUAACCACAUAG